CAAGACCUUCACUUUGUAAGCAAUUAAUAAAUCAGUUAGAACUUCGUUUUAGUUGAAUCAGAUCUGUUGUCACAUGUCUCAUCGGAAUCAGUCACUAGAAUCCUCCAAACUUGUUAACACAUGCAUGUUUUCUAGUGAUCUAGAAAAGGUUUAUUAAUGUGGUGUCAGAAUAUUAUGUUUUGUUAGUAUAAUCUAAUUCAUGCAUAGCUGACAUGGAGAUAGGGACGUAUAAUCUUUUAUAGACCCAUAAUUUCAGGACAGUUAAUUAAAAUAACAUAUACAUGCCUGUCCAAGUUUUUUCGUCUAAACUAAUAUUUUAUUUUCAUGUCGGCCUUACUGUUUUGCUUCUAGUUUACCGAAAAUGGACAAUGAGUUAAAAAAAAUUGUUCUAUGUGACUAUCUCACGAGUUCAUUUUUCAACAUACUUUUUUGAAAAUUCUCCCUAUGAGUGAUUAUGAAGAUGCUUAUAUUUGAGAAGUUUUAGUUAGUUUAAAUCUCAUACGACCUGGAGAUUGUGUGAUGAUCUACGAGGUCCAUUAGUCUUUUCUUAUCAAAUAAUUAGGUUAUAUUCAAAUUCCAAAUAAAUACUAGUACUAUUACACUACCUUGAUAACACAUUUUAGAUAUGUAAUGUGUUUCUGGUAAAGUUAGUUUUAUGUACUGUGGGGGUGAGCUGGUGUUUCAUAUUGGGAAGAGGAUCGGACAAAUCACAUUGGUAAAAGCUAAAUAACUGUGGAAUAAAACAAGAACAAGACAAAGGACGAAAUUUUUUUAUUCUUCUUUUUGUUUUAAAACAAUUUUAAGUCAAUCCAUUCGAUCUGGUGAUGAAACACGCUAUUUAUGUGGUAAUUCAGAUUACCUUUUAAAUGUAAGAUUUACCACAAACUAUUGUUUAGCAAAAUCAACUAACUGUACGACGGCCAACGUAUGGUAUUUUUUUUGUAUCGUGUAGUAAAGCUUCAAGCACCUCAUAAGAAAAAUAAAUAAAUGGACAAGGGGCACAUGAUUAUCAUAGUUAUAUGCUUACUAGUGUUUACUACUAUUGCCAAAUUAUUUUCACACUAUAAAGGUAGUAUUCUGGAUGCAUGGGUGUCAGCAAAAUGAAUGACAAUAUGUGACUCGAGUAGACAUUUAAUUCUGAAAUUUCCUUUUAGUAUUUUUUGCUUUCCACAUUAUGCUAUAAGUAAAACAAUUUCAGCUAACUUCUUCCCAAUAUGGUGAAAAAAUGAAGACCUAACUCUGUGUUUUACAUGGAUGUUAUGCAUCUCCCCUAAGUCCCUAAUCUAAUUUAUUCCACCCCAUAUAUAGUUUUUGUUUUUUGGCAACCACCCCACAUAUAUAUAGUUAAAAGUAUGAAAUAAGAUGAAUUAUAUGCCAAUAAAACGCAUGGGACACGUAUUUCUAAUUUCAACAGUUUAAAUAAUUAAUCUCCUAUAAGUUUUUUUUAAAAUUAUAUAGUUACUUGAAAGUGGAUUACGAAAGCUGGAAGUGCUAUACAAUUUAAUUGUAUUUCAGGUAAAACAACACGAGUGUGUUGACAAACCAGUCAAUGGAUAAUAUGUUUUUGGCUAUUCAUCGCCUUCACAUAUCAUUUCAAAUUAUUACCACUAUUUUUUAUUCUUAUUAAUUAAUUAUUUGCAUAUAUUGCAUGACUUUUAUUGGCUCGACGGCCCUUUAGAACGUUGAAAAUUUCCCAUUUCUCUAUCAUUUGUUUCCAAUUCAAUUUUAUUUUCAACGUUUGUAUCAUACACACGAUUGCAUACACACCGUGUAACUGUAUACUAUAUUGAAAUCUAGAUAUAUGCAUAAUCUCCAUUAUUGUAUAUUUAUUUGGUCAUAAUUAAAGUAGGUUAGGGCAUGCCGCACUCACAUGUCUCUUCCAUUUAAUUUCAUUUCAGCAAUCUAUAUAAUGUUAACUCUCUGAUUUUUUUUUCUUAAAAUGAAAAGCAUCAAAUCUAAAAAAGAAGAAGAUGCAAUAGAAAGUUAACCUUUUUAGCCAAAAACCUCAAAUAUUAAUCAAUGACUCAAUCAUAGCUUACUUCUGUAAGUGACAGUGUAAAGCUGUAAAAGUAAUUAAACUCAAACGAUCAAAAAUUAGUUAUGAUUAAAUAAAGGGUAGAAAAUAUUACUCAUAUUCUAAUUCACUAAUUUGGUCGGCAAUUAUUAAAGUGGACCGUGAAUAAGUAUUUUUGUCUCACACUUUUCUCUCGGUGACAUAAAGUACUAAUUCUGAUUCAUAAAGAGUAAGAAGAAUAGUGAAAUUUAUAAUUCCAAAGAAAAUAAUGAACUACAUGAAUAAUUCUACGUUCAGCUUCUCGAGAGACGUAGAAAAAUACAACUAGUAUUGCAAAUAACUCUUUAGGCAGAUUUAAAGAAAAAAAUAAUAUUUUUCAAUUCUUCGAAACUUAUGAAAUAAAAUAAAACCGAAAAAAUACGGAAAACAAAUUUGCAGGUAAUGAUAAAGAAAGGACAGAUUGCUCUUGGCUUGUAAGAGAAAAAAAUAUAAAAAGAGCAGAAAAUGCCAUUUUUUCUUUAGCGGUAGGGUUCUUCUUCAUUUUCUCUGUAUUUUUGUUUUAUUUAUGACUUUUGAAUAUCUGGGUUUCAAAUACACAGAGAAACGAAGAUAAUAGAGUUUCUCUUGUCCACAAUCUCUCUCUUUCUACUUCUAGAAAAGUGGAUAGAGGUUGUCUCUUGUGUUGAAGCCAAAGUAGGAAGUGAUACAGAUAUUUAUACACACAAAAAUCAAAGAAGGAAGUUAGGAUUAUAUAUAUAGGGGCUCAUUUCUUGCUUUGGUGAUGAUGAACGAAGACAUCUUACAUCAUCAGCAAGUACAACAACAAGAGGAGAAUAUGUCGAAUCUAACAUCAGCUUCUGGGGAUCAAGCAAGUGUCUCUUCGGGAAACAGAACUGAAGUAAGUGGUUCUAAUUACUUCCCUCAUCAUCAACAACAAGAAGAGCAACAACAGUUCAGUGUUCCUGAAUCUCAGCCUCAGAAGAAGAGGAGAAACCAACCAGGGAAUCCAGACCCGGAAUCAGAAGUGAUUGCUUUAUCACCAAAAACACUAAUGGCAACAAACAGAUUCGUGUGUGAGAUAUGCAACAAAGGAUUCCAAAGAGACCAGAAUCUACAGCUUCACAGGAGAGGUCACAAUCUACCAUGGAAGCUAAAACAACGAUCCAACAAAGAAGUGAUAAGGAAGAAAGUGUAUGUUUGUCCAGAAGCAAGCUGUGUCCACCAUGACCCAUCUCGAGCUCUCGGUGACUUGACAGGAAUCAAGAAGCAUUUCUGUAGAAAGCAUGGAGAGAAGAAGUGGAAAUGUGACAAAUGUUCAAAGAAAUAUGCGGUUCAAUCAGAUUGCAAGGCUCAUUCUAAGACUUGUGGCACCAAAGAAUACAGAUGUGACUGUGGCACUCUCUUUUCUAGGAGGGAUAGUUUCAUAACUCAUAGAGCAUUUUGUGAAGCAUUAGCCGAAGAGACUGCAAGGGAAGUAGUCAUACCACAAAACCAGAAUCAUCAACCAAACCCUCUUAUGAUCCAACAAUCUUCUUCUUCUUCUCAUCAUCAAGCACGACCAACCCUGAACAUCUCUUCCUCUUCUUCCUCUUCCCACAACAUCACCAACAGCCUUUACGUUGAAACCAACCAUAAUGGUACUAAUAAUAGCAACACUAGCAGCAACCACCUUCAUACUUUUCCAAUGAAGAUAGAGCAGCAACAAAGCAAUGAUCAAAUCAUCAAUUACCACCACCAUAGCAUCCCUCCUUGGCUUGCUCCUCAACCGCAAGAUCUCACGUCUUCAAACCCUAACCCUAGUAAUGGUGGAGGAGGAGGUUUGUUCUCUCUUGCAGCUUCUCCGGCUAUGUCAGCCACCGCAUUGCUCCAGAAAGCAGCUCAAAUGGGUUCCACAAAGACACCUCCAUUACCACCAACCACAGUCUCCGAGAGGUCAGCUCAUCAUAAUAACCUCACCACAACAAUGGCGGCGAUGAUGACAUCUCCAUCUGGCUUCAUCAGCUCCAACAACAACAACAACAACCAAGUUUUGUUUCAAGACUACAACGCCUCCGAGUUUGACCAUAACGGGGGAGAAGAAGCUUUCGACGAUACAUUCGGCGGGUUCUUGAGGACAAACGUUGAUACUACAACCACUUCAGGAUCAGACAAGAAUAAAAGCGGUGGCGGAGGAGGAGAAGAGGGUUUGACGAGAGAUUUCUUGGGGUUAAGACCGUUAAUAUCUCAUAAUGAGAUUCUAAGUUUUGCCGGUCUAGGGAAUUGCAUCAGUGGUUCUGCUUCCGAUCAGCUUCAUCCAAAGCCUUGGCAGGGCACACAAGUGGGAUCCAACAAACGAUAGAGACGCAUCACGCUCUGCUUGGUGGCAUGCAUUAAAUAUAUGAAUAUAUCACACAUGGCCACAACUUUAUAAUAUGAUACCGUUGAUUACACAUUAACACGUUCUUUAAAGUGAUGAUUAAUUUAGUUUACAGCUCUUUA